AUGUCGGACCAAGCCUUCGAUAGUGCUCUGGACCUCCUCCGACGCCUCAAUCCCAAAGACACCGCAAAGCAUGUAGACCUUCUCUGCCAGCUGGCGCCUUCGCUCACAGAAGACCUUCUCGAAUCUGUCGACGUACCGCUCGCUGUCAAGAAGUGCCGGAAAACAAAGCGAGACUUCCUCUGUUGUGACUACAAUCGGGAUGGGGACAGCUGGAGGAGUCCUUGGAGUAAUGAGUUUGAACCCCCAGUUGCAGAUGGAGAAGGAGUUGUGCCUAGCGAUAGGGUCAGGAAGAUGGAGGUGAAGGCCAACGAAGCUUUCGACGUCUAUCGUGAGCUGUACUAUGAAGGUGGCAUCUCAAGUGUAUACUUCUGGGAUAUCGAUGAUGGUUUCGCGGGCUGUGUGCUGCUCAAGAAGUCUGUCUCGCCCUCCGCUAAAGGUUCCGGUAGUUGGGACAGCAUCCACGUAUUCGAAGUCCAUGACCGAGCGCGAUCCGCACAGUAUAAACAGACGAGCACAGUAAUUCUAACACUAGGAACCGACUCAGAGAAUCUUGGGACGCUAGACCUCAGUGGAAAUAUGGUCAGACAAAUCCAGGAAGAUAGAGCUGUGGAGGAUGAUGGCGGUCAUGUCGCCAAUAUAGGGAAGAUGGUUGAAGAGAUGGAACUGAAGAUGCGGAAUUCUCUACAGGAAGUCUAUUUCGGCAAAGCCAAGGAUAUCGUUGGUGAUCUGCGAAGUAUUGCUCCGCUAAGUGAGACAAAUCGCGAUCGAGCCGCGCAUCGAGAUGUUAUAAGUAGUAUGGGACGGUGA